ACAUUACACAUUUACACACACUCAAGUGUCAAGUGUGUAUAUAUAUAUAUACACACACAUAUAUUCUUUGUAGAAUAUUACAGUAACAAUUCUUGGGCAAAUUGGCAAUGUGUCCUUCAUCAUGCAUCCCUCUUGCAGAGGAGUAUUGGACAGAUGAGGGGAUCUUUAUGUCAUUGUUGGACUUCAAAAACGGAAAACCUUUGCCCUCGAAUGUAACUUCAGAUGUAAAUCCUUACCUGUAUAGACCCUCUGAUCUACCUGCUGACCUAUGGUACUGCUGCUCUGGGGAAAAAGCUGAUGCAGAGUGUGGAUUCUGGCAGGAAACAGGGGAGGCUUGCGAGAUAUUUUCUAACUCUAGCAUCCGUGGCUUUAGAACCACCCUUCAAUUUUAUGAGGGCCGUGUUCCACAUGGACGAAAGACUGACUGGAUGAUGCAAGAGUACAGAAUAACCGAGAAGUGUAACAAGCAGUCAAAGGACAGUAGAGUACUAUGCAGAGUAUUUUUGGCUGGUGAAACUAAAUCAUCCACCAAGCACUGCAUUGCUAAUAUUGACGUGAAAAUCUCUAUUAAUUUGGGGUCCGAAACAUUUGUGACCAGUGAACUGCCGGCAAAGGCUAUGGAUAAAGACACAGGACCAUCACUCCUGGACAGGAGAACUUCUGAUCCUUUUCUUGAAAAUGACUCUGAAAUGGAUUGUAUUUUAUUGGGAGACUACAUGGAAUUAAAUGAUCUUGUUAAUCCACGAUCACAUUCUUCCAGUUCCGCCAAUUCAAGCUGCUUGACCAUGACAUCAGAUGAAUACUUUGACUCAAUAGCCCUGUUAAAAGAACUCGAAGAGGACAUUAGAAAUCAAGAAACGAAAGAUUCAAGCGUCAGAUAUAAUCUUUCUGCCCCUAUUAAAUCAACAGAAGUGGUCAUACACACCGCCACUUCAGUGUCUCUUAUAAACGACCAAGCUAGCAAAUCUUCUGCUCAAGGUACCUCUAUAGCUGUCAACAAAAGCACUUCCAAUGGUGGUAACAAAAUAAAAGUAUCUUCAAGUAGUUCUAAAUGUAUAUCCAACGAGAGACGGAAGGAAUGUGUUGGUAGAAAAACAAAGCGUAAAAUUAUGAAGUAUUUAUGCUUCUUAUAACUUUGAAUGCUGUGUACAAUUUAGACACUUUGAUGGAUAAGGGUAUUGAAAUUCGAUACUGCAGGAUUUUAGUUUGUUCUAUAAGAUAACAUGUAAAUAAUUAUAAUGUUUAUUUGGAAAGUGACAUCCUUUAAGAUGGAA